AUGUCUUCAACCGCCUUAUACCGAACCGCAAAAGCAUUUUCAAACAAGACCUCCAAACAUACCAUAUUGUUUGCUCGCACAUUUGCCUCCACUGUCCGGCGCCAUGAAAUCAACAAAGUGCUUCCUUCGGCAGCAGAAGCCCUCAAAGACAUGAAACCCAAUACCACAGUAUUAUGCGGAGGAUUCGGUCUAUGCGGAGUCCCAGAUACACUGAUCAACGAAGUCAUGAACAAGAAAGAUAUAACUGGGAUUACUGCUGUAUCGAACAAUGCGGGAACGGACGACUCUGGCUUGGGACAGCUGCUCAAGACUAAGCAGAUCAAAAAGAUGAUUGCAAGUUAUAUCGGAGAAAAUAAGACCUUCGAGAAGAUGUAUCUCACAGGAGAGAUAGAGCUAGAGCUCACACCUCAAGGAACGCUGGCUGAGAGGUGUGCAGCAGGUGGAAAGGGCAUCCCGGCUUUCUACACUCCUGCAGCUUUUGGAACGGUUGUCCAGACCGGAGAACUUCCGCUGUUAAAUAAUUCUGAUGGCACACCUAAGCAGUACUCAACUCCAAAGGAUGUAAAGGUCUUCGAUGGAAAGCAGUACUUGAUGGAGGAGAGUAUUAAAGGAGACUACGCGUUUGUGAAAGCAUGGAAAGCCGACAAGCUUGGAAACUGCCAAUUCCGGCUCGCCGCCAACAACUUCAAUGGAGCCAUGGGUCGAAAUGCCAAAAUCACCAUCGUCGAAGCCGAGGAGAUUGUUGAGCCUGGAGGGAUUGCACCAGAAGCCGUCCACUUACCUGGCAUAUAUGUCAAGAAAGUAAUCCAAUCUACGACGGAAAAGAAUAUUGAGAAAUUCACAUUUGCAAAAGAUCCAAACGAUCCUGCCGCAAAAGCAGCUCUUGGAACCGGCGACACGGCGGCUAAAAGAGAGCGUAUCGUCAAGCGAGCAGCUAAAGAGUUCAAGAACGGCAUGUAUGCAAAUCUCGGAAUUGGUAUGCCCAUGCUCGCUCCCUCCUUUGUUGGCGCAGAUGUAGAAGUUCAACUCCAGUCUGAAAACGGUAUCCUCGGACUUGGCCCAUAUCCUUCCAAAGGUAACGAGGACGCUGAUCUCAUCAAUGCCGGCAAAGAAACUGUGACUCUCAAGCCAGGAGCGGCUGUCUUUGGUAGCGAAGAGAGUUUCGGUAUGAUUAGAAGCGGUCGAAUCGAUCUUACCAUCCUCGGAGCCAUGCAGGUCAGUGGGACGGGUGAUCUCGCGAAUUGGAUGUUGCCAGGCAAGAUCAAGGGUUUUGGAGGUGCUAUGGAUCUGGUGUCGAAUCCUAGUAAGACAAAGGUUGUUGUCACCAUGGAACAUACCGAUAAAAAGGGCAAUCCAAAGAUCAUGAAGCAAUGCGCUUUCCCGCUUACAGGAAAGGCUUGUGUUAGCAUGAUCAUUACCGAGCUUGGUGUGUUUGAGGUCGACUUUGCCACUGGUUUGACCCUCACUGAAAUCGCCGACGGCGUAACAGUCGAGGAGAUCAAGAGUAAGACGGAAGCACCAUUUAAAGUCGCCGAUGAUUUGAAGCCUAUGUUGUAG